AUUUACAUCCUUGAUGACCCUCUAAGUGCUGUUGACUCCCAUGUCGGGAAACACAUCUUCAACAAAGUCAUUGGACCUAAUGGAUUGCUUAAGAAUAAGACACGCAUCCUUGUUACUCAUGGCAUACAUUGGUUGCCUGAAGUGGACAAUAUCAUAGUCAUGAACGGUGGGCAAAUAUCAGAAAUGGGGACUUACAAUGAGCUGGUCGAUCAUAACGGACCAUUUGCCCACUUUCUUCAAACUCAUCUCACUCAAAGACAGGUAUCAACUGAAUCAGUGGAAGUUGCUGAGCUGAAUAUGAAAAUACCACAGAGGUCUAACUCAAGGAGUGACUCGACUAACAGUGUUCAGAAUGACAAUGAGAUUGAAACAGCCUAUGAAAAUGAAAAGUCAAUGGAAGAAACUUGUGCAGAUUCUUCGGUGAGACAGUGGCAGAAGACGUCUGCAUUUUCCAAGAUUUUCAAAAGUAAAGGCAAAUCUAACUCAAUUCACAUGAAAGUGAUCCCAAGUAAACUACAGAACGAAUCAAAAAAUAAACUUAUUGAGAAAGAGAAGAUAUCAUCAGGAAAGGUUCAGUUGAAUGUCUUCAAGACAUACAUCAUGUCUGUUGGUCUCCGGUCCACCAUAGUGGGCCUUAGUUUCUACUUCGCCUUCCAGGUUUUUGUUAUCUUUAGCAGUAUCUGGUUGAGCUGGUGGUCUGAGGAUGAAACUGAUGUUAAUGGCACUGGCACAGCUGUUUUCAAUAUUGCUCCAGAAAAUCGUGCCACGUUCUACCUGGGGGUCUAUGGUGGUUUUGGAGCUCUGCAGUGUAAGUAUUCAAUUUUUAGAUUUUAUCAACCCAUUUCAAAUUUUUUGAAUGAAGGUGAAAAGUUCACCUGUGGUGAGAGGAUGUUUGCCCUUGCUUUCAAAAGUUGCUUCAAUUAUUAG